AUGGAGGCCCGUCUUCCCGAUGAUAAACUCUUCAAGCUCCGCCACCUUCUGGUUAAACAUGCCAAAAGUCGAAAGAUUAAAUUACGGGACUUGCAAGCCUUGCUGGGUCUUCUUAAUUUUUGUUGUAAUGUAGUCAUUCCCGGCAGAGCCUUCCUCCGUCGUUUGACAGACCUUACCCGAAAGGUUAAAAAGCCUCAUCAUAGGAUCACCUUAUCAAAAGAAAGUCGCUGUGAUCUUAAAGCUUGGCAGCUGUUCAUUGAACACUUUAAUGGAAAGCACCUUCUGUUAGAACAUCGUUGGGUUGCGGAUACUGAAUUACAUUUAUUUACUGACUCGGCAGGUUCAGUAGGGUUCGCAGCCAUCUUUCAGUCACAUUGGUUUUGUGACAAAUGGCCUGAAGCAUUACGGCUCAAUGACAUCACAUUCGAAGAAUUGUUUCCUGUUGUGUUAGCUUUUGAAAUCUGGGGGGAACUAAUCUGCAACCGUUCUAUCAUUUUGCAUUUUGACAAUAUGGCAGUAGUUCACAUUCUCAACAAACAAACCUGUAAAGAGCCACUCGUCAUGAAAUUAGUUCGUAGGUUGGUUUUGUCUGCAAUGAAAUACAAUAUUCUGUUUAAAGCUGGGCAUAUUCAGGGUAAAAUAAACAUUCUACCAGAUUUGUUAUCCCGUCUUCAGGUAGCCAGAUUCAGAGAACUAACGCCAAACAUGGAUCCAACUCCAACUCCGGUUCCUCGUUGCCUUCUAGACGGGAAUUAG